AUGUUUACUGAGGAAGCUUUGGGGCAGGGGCAGCAGCGGGAGAACCCCAUGGCUGAGAAAGAUGAGCUUGAACUGGGCCACCUCUCAGAGAAUUUGGACCACAAAGCAGAAGAGAGAAAGCCAGGAUCAGCCAAGCCAACACCUACAGCUUUCCAGCCACCCCUGGAGCAAUUGAAGGCCCUUCAGUUAGAUCUAGGGCCAGUGAAUAGCCAGGCCACCAGGGCCUAUGACCGACUAAAGCAGAAUCUGUGCAAGAGGCGAAAGCUUCUCCUGGAUUCCAGAACCAACAGCAUCCAGGGCAUCCCUGGCUUCUGGGCCCAAAGUUUUUUGAACCAUCCCCAGCUGUCAGUGAUGAUUAGUGACCAAGAUGAAGACAUGCUUACUUACAUGACCAAUUUGGAGGUACAGGAACUGUGGCAUCCCAGGAACUGCCUCAAGAUUAAAUUCUUCUUUAGGAACAACCCAUACUUCCAGAAUAGAGUGGUUGUUAAAGAAUAUCUUGUGGAUAUCACUGGAUUUAGGGCAUUCCAUUCCACUCCCAUUCAGUGGAAGCAGGAUUACAAAAGGGAAGCUGACAGUUGCAGGCAGCACAACACCAGCCCAAACUUCUUCAACUGGUUUACUGAUCAUAACUUUGCAGGCUCAAGCAGGAUCACUGAGAUCAUCAGAAAAGACUUGUGGCUCUAUCCUUUGUUCUACUACAAGAGAGUGAAGGCACCUAAAGAGGAUGAAGAAAGGAAGAAACAGUAG